AUGUAUGCGCCAGGCCAUGAUGAUCGCGCAUGGAAUGUCGCCUGGAACCCCGUAAAGCCCAUUCUCGCCUCAUGUUCCGCGGACAAGAGCGUUCGAUUGUACCAUUACACCUCGUCUUCGACGUCCAGAGAGGAGUCUUCGGCAUCGUCCUCGCCCACCUACUCGUUUGCUCAUCUUUCCACCAUUCCUACUGGUCACACCAAAACUGUCCGGGCCGUAGCGUGGGCACCCUCCGGGAAGACGCUUGCGACAGCAUCCUUCGACGCGAACAUCGGCAUCUGGGAGCAGGAAGCUGACGAUGACGCGGGUGAUGUCAAUUCCGGGGAUUGGGAGUGCGUCAGUCUGUUAGAAGGCCACGAAACGGAGUGCAAAAGCGUCGCGUAUUCGAGCACCGGCACAUUAUUGGCUAGUUGUAGUCGCGAUAAGACGGUUUGGGUAUGGGAGGUCCAUCCCGACGCCGACUUCGAGUGUUUGGGGGUGUUAAUGGAACAUACGCAAGACGUCAAAUGCGUAGCAUGGCAUCCAACUGAAGAGAUACUGGCCUCCGCCUCAUACGAUGACACCGUCAAGUUAUACAUCGACGACCCUUCGGAUGACUGGUAUUGCUUCGCCACUCUCACCGGCCACGCCUCUACAGUUUGGUCAGUCGCCUGGGCUCCUAGCGGGAGCUAUUUAGCCUCAGCUUCGGACGAUCGUACAAUCAGAAUCUGGCGACGUGCUGGUGAUAUGCUUGAACAAUGGGAAUGCGUUCUCGUUAUCGAAGGACACGAGAGAAGCAUUUACUCCCUCAGCUGGAGUGCGAGGCCUUCUGGACCGCGAAGACCUGGGCAUCUAGGGUGGCUCGCCAGUACCGGCGGUGAUGGGAAGAUUAAAAUAUGGGAGUUUUGGGAAGAAAAUGCCUCCGCAGACAACCGCCCGCGGUCCGACUCUCGCCCGAUGCUCUACCACGCUCUGAUCGCAAGUCUGUCAUCCGCCCACGGGGUUUGCGACGUGAAUAGCGUGGCUUGGUGUCCCCGCGCUGAACAUUCCAAUUUGCUCGCGACAGCUGGCGAUGACGGGUCUGUACGUGUUUGGCACGUCGCUCCGACGCGUCCAGCGACCGACGCGUAGAGACGUCACCGGUGCCCGACCAAGGGCGGGUGGCUGUACCCUAGCGACAUCCUGCAAUUGUCGGAUGUGUGGGCAACCCCGACGCCAUACCGAUGAGUACAGGAUCGUGUCGGCGCGCUGGCAAUCGUUCCGUGGUUCUAUCCUAGUACACUUUGGCCCGUUCGGCCCGAUCCGUGCCACCGAUCCCGCCGUAAUACCAUUUGACCGGUCUUUCUCGACUACACGAAGCUGUGGAGCGGGUCCAGCCAGGAGCGACGAUUGGAACUCAGCCUACAACGCGCAGAGCGCGACAAUUGUAUGGUACCUGAGCACAGCGACAGACGGCAAAGAAGGUGGCGAACACGGUAACCGCGGCCGUAUGAACCAAGCGCGUUGAUUUGCGACUCAGUCAACGAUUGCUUGGGCCUCUCCAGCAGGGCAGUUCCUCAGAAUACCGGAGGGCACGUCACACCUUUCAUGAACAUGAGAAGCUGUUUCGACGCCGAUCUGACGGAGAACAUUGCUUAGCGAAUCAAUUUGAUCGGACUCCGCCGAUUGCUUCAACAGGACCAAGCACUGACUGCAGGGCUGGAUCAAUCGCCGAACGUCGUGAAUCAUUGAAAAUUGAAUUUUCAACGUGUCUUCCUAGACGAGGGUGGUUAUGCGCCGGACGACUUUGUGCUCGAAGAAAUCAGGGCAGUCGAUGCAUCGGGCAGCGCCGCCUAGCUGGAUGGCAAUAUUU